AUGUCCCUCCUCCUAAUGCCCAGAGACCGCUACGCACCCGACGCCAAGGCCCCGCUGGCUUGCGGUAGCUGCAAGCGACAGAAGCGAAAAUGCGACAAGGCCCGCCCGGCGUGCGGGUUAUGCACCCGCUUGGACCGCCGGUGCGACUACGCCGAGCCCGCCCCGACCGCCCCGACCGCCGAUGACUUUGCUGCCCUGCAACUGAAGCUCAACGAGCUCGAGAGCCGGCUCAACACUAGGAACAGCACGCCCACAUCCAUAUCCUCAGGGAUCGGCAACGGCAGCGGCACACCGGGGCCCGGUCAGGGUCCUAGAUCGAGCUCCGCCUCAGGGUCUGCCGGAGGAGGUAUGGAGGAGACGCCGUCUGCUGUCUCGGUCUUCGCGCCCGUUGAACCGCUCUGGGAACAGCAGUCCUCGGCUCAAUACUCGCCAGACGCCUUCCUCGACCUUGCUUCCUUUGAAUGCCUGAAUCAAUCCCUCCCGAGACCCGUCAUCGACAUCCCAAAUGAAGUUCUGCACCAUCUCGGCGACGGCUACGCGAUCCAACACUCGGUAAACGCCUACUUCACCACCAUCCACACCUGGCUCCCCAUCGUCUCCAAGAAGCGUAUGAAUAUGGGCGUCGCCCUUAGCCAGGGUGGGCCCGACCUGGCCAUGCUCUUUCUCGCAAUGAAACUCAUGGCCACCCGUCCCACGGACAUCCUCGCGACGUCCCAGCACGCAAUCUACCGCGCCGCGAAGCGCUUCAUGUCCCUUCUGGAGAACGGUGGCGCGACCUCGGUUAUGGUCCUGCAGUCAAUGACCCUCAUCGCCUACUUUGAGUAUGCGCACGGCAUGUACCCGGCCGCGUGGAUUACCAUCGCCACCUGCGUGCGAUAUGCCGAUUUCCUCGGCCUGCCCAGCUUCCACGAGGGAAACGUUAUUCUGAGUUCGCCCACAACGUGGACCGAGUUGGAAGAGCGGUCGCGGACAUGGUGGGCAAUCAUCAGCCUCGACCGCAUCAUCUGCCUCGGCAACAAAAAGCGCUACCUCUCCCCCGAGCCGCAAGACAACGAGUUGUAUCCCGUAGACGACAAGAUCUGGGACGAAGGCCGCGUCGGCCGCGCAGUCCACCACAACGUCACCUCCCCGCCACCAUCACAGCCGGCCCCCUUCUCCUCCCUCUGUCGUUCCGCCCUCAUCGCCGGCAAAGUCAUCACCCACGUCCGCAAAGCGACCUCGGACCGCAAACAGAACCCAAACGCCUCGCCAGCCGACACCAUCGCCGAGGCCAACGCCCUGUCCGCGACGCUGUUCUCGAACCUGGAGCACUUGCAGCCCGUGGGAGAAGUGGUGUUGCAGCCGCUGCCCCUCCUGGCGCCGCGGUGCGUGCUGCUCUCCGCGGCCGUCCUGCUGCACGACUUCUACUGCUGCCCCUCGAGUCCUGACGGCCGCCUUAAGACCCCCGAGGAGACGGCGCAGCAGGCCCGUUCCGUUGACGUGCUUCUCAAGAUCAGCAAAGAUAUUGCCGUCCUGGCGGAAGAGCUGCUGCUCCUCGUCUCCCAAACAGUGAGGGAAAGUGAAACCGACGGCAACAAAAACAACAGCAACAAUAGUAGCCAAGGCGGUGGAGAUAUUGGUAGCGUAAGCCCUCUGAUCCUGGACGCGUUUUACGGCGCUGCGAAUACCCUCGCCUGGCUGCUGCGGGAGGAGGGAACCCUGGAGUGCGAGGACGAGAUGAACGCCAUCAAGCGGUGCCUGGAGAGGCUGGGCUCGCGGUGGAGGUUGGCGGGGGAGUAUGGGCGGAUGCUGGAGCAGCAGGAUUUUGCCAUCAUGAUGCAGGACAAGGGACACUCGACGUUGCGCAUAGUAUGA